CGUCCCCUCGCGGGUAACCCCACCCACCCCAGCUCUGAGCUGUGAGCCUGUGACACAGCUGUCCUCCUCUCCCCACUCCCCCCAGGAGCUCACCUCCUCCAUCUCCCCUCCCCUCCACAGGAAUCCGCCGCCAUAAUCCCCCCGCAUUGCUGGCGCCGGGCUACCUCCUCCACUUCCCAGCCGGAAUCCGCUUCCCUCCCCCUUCGUUUUGCUUCGUUCCGGACUUUCGGUGGUAUGAGCAGCGGCUGGUGAAUUGGUGAGACGAUGAGGAAGGCGCUGCUGCUGCUCGUCCUCUGCUGCCUCGCCGCCGCCAGCGAGGCGGUGGCGGUGGUGGGGGAGGAGGAGGCGGCGUCGGCGGAGCUGGCGGUGGUGGUGGACCCGUCGUGGCGGUUCCCGAGCCAGCGGCUGCGGGACGCCUACGUCGCGCUGCAGACGUGGAAGCAGCAGGCCAUCUUCUCCGACCCCCGCAACUUCACCGCCGACUGGGUGGGCCCCGGGGUCUGCAACUACACCGGCGUCUUCUGCGCGCCCCUGCCGCGCGGGAAGCCCGGCGCCGGGGAGCUCGCCGUGGCGGGCAUCGACCUCAACCACGGCGACAUCGCGGGGUACCUCCCGUCGGAGCUCGGCCUCCUCGCCGACCUCGCGCUGCUGCACCUCAACUCCAACCGCUUCUGCGGCCUCGUCCCCGCCACGUUCCGCCGGCUCCGCGUCCUCGUCGAGCUCGACCUCAGCAACAACCGCCUCGUCGGCGCGUUCCCCGCCGUCGUGCUGGACCUCUCGGCGCUCAAGUUCCUCGACCUCCGGUUCAACGACUUCGAGGGCGCCAUCCCGCCGGAGCUCUUCGACCGCCCGCUCGACGCCAUCUUCCUCAACCACAACCGCCUGCGCUCCCCGCUCCCGGACAACUUCGGCAACUCGCCUGCCUCCGUCAUCGUGCUCGCCGACAACAGCUUCGGCGGCUGCCUCCCCGCGAGCCUCGGGAACAUGUCCGACACGCUCAACGAGAUCCUCCUCAUCAACAACGGGCUCGACUCCUGCGUCCCACCGGAGGUCGGGCUUCUCCGGGAGGUGACUGUCUUCGACGUCAGCUUCAACGCGCUCGUCGGCCCGCUGCCGCAGCAGGUGGCCGGGAUGCGGAAGGUGGAGCAGCUCGACGUCGGGCACAACCGCCUCUCGGGGGCCGUCCCGGAGGCCAUCUGCGCGCUCCCGCGGCUCAAGAACCUCACCAUCUCCUACAACUUCUUCACCGGCGAGCCGCCGUCCUGCGCGCGCGUCGUGCCGCCCGACGGCGACAGGCGGAACUGCCUGCCCAACCGCCCCGCGCAGCGCACGCCGCAGCAGUGCGCCGCGUUCUACUCGCAGCCGCCCGUCGACUGCGCCGCGUUCCAGUGCAAGCCCUUCGUCCCUGUUCCGCCAUUGCCCCCGCCGCCGCCGCCGCCAGCGUACCCAGGGCCCUUGCCACCGGUAUACCCCAUGCCAUACGCAUCGCCGCCGCCACCUUCACACUACCGAUGAUUCGUUGAUCGGAGAGGCACUAUCAUCUUCACCUUCCUCCGCCGCCCUGCUGGAUGGAGACAGCAAAGUUCACCGUCACAAGUGUACGUGGUCAGUCAUUGUUGCGAUUAGAUUUCUAGCGUUCUUGAUUGAUAGCUACCGGCAUAUAUAGAAAAUUAUGAUUAUGGUGCAAAUAUAUCUGUUCUUGGCGUCGAUCAGUUUGCGUCAUGGUGAUGGUGAAAAGGAUUGGAGAUGGUUGGUGAUGGAUGGAGGGAACAAUUUGAGCUUCGAUUGAUUGCUAAUUGGGUUGUGAAUAAUAAACUGCUUGAGAGAGACAGGUUACGAGGAUGAGGAUUGGCUGGUGUGUUGGUGCGCACCUGGGCCUGGGGUGUAUAGAGGGGCUUGAGCUCGAGUUCUUCAGUUAAGCUGCUUUCAGUUGAGAGUCGAGAGAUAAGCUUUAAGACCAAGAAAUGUAUCCUACUUAACUAUUCUUUCUUUUUUUUGUCACAGUUACUUACUGUUAUUCGAUUGCUAUGAUAUUAAUCUUGGAUUCUUAGAAA